AUGGGAUGCUGCGGGCUCACUGCCACCUGUCCUGUGUUGUGCUUUACAGACAAGCUCACCAGUGCCAGCAAAGAUUCCCUGAGCACCCACACCAGCCCCAGCCAGUCACCCAACAGUGUCCAUGGCUCCCGCCGGGGCAGUAUCAGCAGCGUGAGCAGUGUAAGCUCCGUCCUGGAUGAAAAGGAUGACGACCGGAUCCGCUGCUGUACACACUGCAAGGACACGCUGCUCAAGAGAGAGCAGCAGAUUGAUGAGAAGGAGCACACCCCCGACAUUGUAAAGCUCUAUGAGAAAUUACGACUUUGCAUGGAGAAAGUUGACCAAAAAGCUCCCGAAUACAUCAGGAUGGCAGCAUCAUUAAAUGCUGGGGAGACAACCUACAGCCUGGAACAUGCCAGUGACCUUCGAGUGGAAGUGCAGAAAGUGUACGAGCUCAUAGAUGCUUUAAGUAAGAAGAUCUUAACCUUAGGCUUGAACCAGGACCCUCCACCACAUCCAAACACUUUGCGGCUGCAGAGGAUGAUCAGAUACUCAGCUACGCUGUUUGUGCAGGAAAAGUUGCUGGGUUUGAUGUCACUGCCAACCAGAGAACAGUUUGAGGAACUGAAAAAGAAAAGGAAACAGGAAAUGGAGAGGAAGAGGAUCCUGGAGAGACAGGCAAGUGAAACGUAGGGAUGCUGGCGGCCUCUUGAGCCCAGAGGCCGCCCCAGGCUCCCAAGCGGCCCUCUUUGAGAUCAUGUUAAAUCAGAACUCAGUGCUGUCUGGUUUGCAUCUCUCUUCUGUUCUUUUCUGGCCUCUCUGUAGACUCAGAAUAGUUAUUUUUCUUCCCAGGUCAGACCUAUUUGCCUUUCAGAGAUCAUGCUGAUUUUUUCUCGUCCAGAAUACCAUGGAGGCUGCCAGUUCUCCCUGUAGCACAGGUUGCAGAGGACCCAGAUACCAGGGAGCUCUUUGUAGAAUGCUUUGGAAUAUGCAACACUAAUCAAAAUAAUGUGUGCAUUUAAUAUCGUGUGAGAGUCUAGUGUGGAUGAGUGAUACUAGACCUCAGAGGUUUAAGACAAGCCUAUG